AUGGAAAUACUGGACAAAACCGGCGGAACUCCCUACCGGUAUUUUGACGAGGCUGCCGCUGCCCGAUACCGUACGUGGUCUACGACGGCCACAGCUGGAUCUCAUGACUUCGAUGAUGCUAAGACAUUCCAAAUGAAAAUCGAUUAUGCGAGCAAAAUGGGCCUCCAUGGUCCGAUGAUCUCGGCUAUCGAUCUCGACACCCGCAAUCUCGAAGCUCUGAGGGCUAUACCCAAGGGCGAGCAUAAUGGAGACACCAGAGCUCCUCUCUCGCUGGUCGAGCUCGAAGGGUUCCUCCCCGCUGAAAUGCUCGCCCCUGAGGUGAGAUCGAUCCCAACCAGGGUCCUCGGCACCGGCGACUCGCACGCGGUUUUGUCGCUCAAGAAGCGCGAGGACGAGCCUGAGCCCCUGGUCUUCCUUGACUGCCUUCCGAACGUGCUUGACCAGCCCAAGCACGAGACCCAGACAACCAGAGUUGUGUGUCUGAACAAGGACGUCGAGGGCCGCUUCUGGGUCAUGGAGCGAGGUGUCAAGGGCAUCAUUGUUGAGAUGCCCGAUAAUUGCGCUCCCAACUCCUUGGCCCGAGCCAUCUCCUGA